AUGCUCUUGCUAGUCAGAGAUGUCUUGGAGGAGACAGAUGCUUGCAACACGAUUCUCACUCGUAAUAUCCUCCAUGCAAAUAAUGUAAACAUCCUAGAAUAUCAGAGAGAAAAUAUUAGUUUUUUCAUAUCUAUCUAUCUAUCUAUCUAUCUAUCUAUCUAUCUAUCUAUCUAUCUAUCUGUUAAUAUCAACCGAUCUACAUCUGUUAUUUUUCUUCUUCUUCCUCCUCCUCUUCUUCUUCUUGUCUUUCUUUCUUUCUUUCUUUCUUUCUUUCUUUCUUUCUUUUGUAAUUCUUGUUCUUUCUUUCUAGUUCUUGUUCUUCUUUCUUUCUUUAUUUCUUUUGUUGUUGUUGUUCUUCUUCUUCUUCUUCCUCCUCCUCUUCUCGUUCUUGUUCUUGUCUUUCUUUCUUUCUUUCUUUCUUUCUUUUGUAAUUCUUGUUCUUUCUUUCUAGUUCUUGUUCUUCUUUCUUUAUUUAUUUCUUUUGUUGCUGUUGUUGUUGUUCUUCUUCUUCCUCCUCCUCUUCUCGUUCUUGUUCUUGUCUUUCUUUAUUUAUUUCUUUCUUUCUUUCUUUCUUUCUUUCUUUAUUUAUUUCUUUUGUAG